CCAAAUUACAAAACUAGCUAGCUAGCUAUGUCGUCGUCUUCCGUGAAAGCGUUUGCUCACUUAGAAAUCCCUCUUGCGGAGAUAGUAGAAGCCACCAACAACUUUGCUGAUAAAAAUUGGAUCAAUCACAAUGAGCCCGGUAAGACAUACAAAGGACAACUCUUGGUUGGUGGUGAGUUGAUUACUAUCGAUGCGUGGAUGUUAGAUCGUUGGAAUGGUGUGCCCGAUAUGUUCUGGAAGGAACUUACGCUGCUUUCUAGGCUCAAACAUGAAAAUAUUGUGUCGAAUAUUGGGUAUUGUCAGGAGGAAGGUGAGUACAUCAUCAUAAACAAGCACGAGUUCAACGGAAGUCUGGAUAAACAUCUCCGUGACACGACAUGGAUUCAAAGAUUGAAAAUAAGUGUUGGUAUUGCGCGUGCUUUGAGUUACAUUCAUUACGAUGAGGGACACGAUUUAAGCAUCAUACACAGGAACAUCAAAUGCGCUACAAUUUUCUUAGAUGAAAACUGGGUGCCUAAGUUAUCCAGUUUUGGAAAUUUCAUGAAUAUUCCAGUAGCCGAAAGGCAUCGUGCGCAUAACUCUGUAGUAUAUGGUUCCCUAGGGUAUAUCGAUCCGGUAUACAAAGAGACUGGAAUGGUGAGCCAUAAAUCUGAUGUGUACAGUUUGGGGAUGGUGUUAUUUGAAAUUCUGUCCGGGAGGUUAGCCUGGGGACAUUAUAUCGAUUUCAAAAGAGCAAAAUUAGAUGAUUUUAUUGAUCCGGAUCUGCGGGCACAAAUAAUGGACCAACAAGCGUUAAGUUUGUUCUACGAAACAGCAUAUUCUUGCUUGAAUGAAGACCCAUCGCAACGACCAAAUGCACAUCGGAUUGUCAGACUACUUAAGAAAGCUUUGGAACUUCAGCAGGAACAUGAAAAGCCGCCGUUGAUACCAAAAGUACCGUCAAUUGCUGCCGUUGAAGUUGAAGAUGCAUCAUACAGGAGCUUGGAGGAACCAGAGAAAGACAAGGAAGACACUUUACGAAUUCCGCUUGACAAGAUACUAAUAGCCACACAGAACUUCUCUAUGAAAAUAGGAAAAGGAGGUUUUGGGGUGAUAUACAAAGGAGAAGUUUCUCACGCUAAUGAACAUAAAACCAUUGCUGCGAAGCGGUUGAAUAAAGAUGAUUACUAUCACGGAAAAAUCAAAUUUGCGGCAGAAUGUAUAUUUCUAUCAAAGUAUAAACAUGAGAAUGUAGUUGGCAUUGUAGGCUAUUGUAAAGAAGAGAGCGAAAUGGUCAUCGUCUAUGAGUAUGCGUCUAAUUUAAGUCUAGAUCGCCACUUGGGCAACAAUGAUCUUACUUGGUUGAAAAGGCUUAACAUAUGCAUUGAUAUCGCAAGAGGGAUACAUUUCCUCCAUGAAGGUCUCGGAACUUCAGAGAUUUUGAUACAUAGGAACAUAAAGAGUGGUAGCAUUCUAUUAGAUGACGACUGGAAAGCAAAAAUUUCCAAUUUUGAUUCAUCCUUAACGAUUCCAAAAAACCAGCAAAUGGACUAUGUAAACGAUGAAGUUGUAGGCACGAAAGGUUACAUUGACCCGGUAUAUCAGCGUACGACUUUCUUAACCAAAGAGUCGGAUAUAUACUCACUUGGUGUGGUUUUACUAGAGGUCUUGUGUGGUAAAUUGUCAAUUGCAUAUGAUGUCGAGCGGGAGCAUCGGUUUCUCUGUAAAUUAGCUAAUCGGCACUUCAGCGAGAAAGGAACGCUAGAGGAGAUCGUACUUAAUUGUAUAAAGGAGCAAAUUGUGCCACAAUCAUUGGCUAUAUAUUCUAGAAUAGCCUUACAAUGCUUAGAUCCCGAGAGAGAAAACCGACCAACAGCGAUUGAAGUGAUUGUACAACUUACUCAUGCAUUGGAAUUCCAAGUGAAUCAUGAAAUGUGGGAGCCAAGAUUACCUAAAGACUACCAAAGUAUAAUCCAACUGUCGAUGUCACCUGAAAGUUACUCUACCAUAAAGAAAGAGGAUCUUUACAACAUUUUCUCUAAUGGAAUCCUCCUUCAACACGAGAAGGUCCUUUCGUUUCGAGGUAAUGGAGAGAGAAAUGAGAUGAUAUCAGCAAGAAAUUUUUCCUACGUACAUUCGUGUCCACAUAAGUGGCGAUCCGUUCCAGAAUCAAGGUUUGAAAAAGUACCCGAGAUGCUAGAUGUGUCAAACUUGAUGAUCGAGAUCAUGACAAGACCUCAAUUUUUAACUCCAAAUACAGUCUAUGGGGUUCAUUUGGUUUUUAAGUAUUGUGAAUCAAGUACAUUUUCAGCUAUACCCGCUUAUGUUAACCUGAAGUAUAGAAACAAGAGCGAAACAUUACAUGCAUAUUUUGCAACAUGGAGAGACGACAACUGGAUGAUGAUUGAGUUGUGUCGUUUCAUGUAUCACAUUGAGGAUGACAUCUCUUUUAAGUUUCUACUUGAGAGCUUUUCACCAAGCUACUUCAAUGAUUGCGCGAUCUAUGUUGAAGGCAUUGAAUUCCGAGCCAUACACAAAGUGAAGCAUAAAAAUACGGAAAAGCCUGAACAGGUGCAACAAUCGCGAACAAACAAUAAUGAAGAAAUACUCAAUGGAUACAUAAACUGUGAGGAUUGUGAAAAGCAGUUAUUCUGGGCAAGCGAAGUAAAUGGAAAAAAACAACUUUUGCUUUCUGCAAAGGCGGUUUUGUAUGACACUUCUGAUGUGAAGCUAUUAACUUCGAAAGCAGCAGCCGACUCUAGAUGGUUGACAAAAGUUCCAGUUCUUAGACGCAAUGUAUAUCGUACAUGCAAGUUUCCAGAGGUGAUUAAGCUAUUACCACAACAAAUAUUCCAUAUCAAUUGCAGAAUUGAAAGUCACAUGUUGUCACAAGAAACAGAAUAUGUGUGUUACCUUGUGUUUAAAAUCUCUGAAAAAUCCCAUGGGAUGCAAGGUCCAGUGAAAGUACGAGAUUUACUCAACCCAGGAAAUAAAGAACCUGAAUUUAUCUACUUUAUAUCCCCAAGUCCAUGGAAUAUACACGAUAUUACUCGGGUCCCGGAACAAAGGGACGAUGGAUGGAUGGAGGUUAACGUGGGGAGAUUUAACUCAACUCGUGAUCUUCACGGUGAUUGUGCUCUAUUGAAUCUGAAAUUUACAAGCUAUGAAGGAAUUAUGUCCGGUCUUAUUUUAUGUGGCUUAGAGUUUCGGCCCGUGUAAAAACAUAUUUGCAAAUGUGCCCUGUUAUUAAGUUCUUUACAAUUCCGGCAUUGGUAAAAGGAUAUGGUUUCCGCAUGGUUGCAAAUAAGUUACAUUGUCAAGGUUCAAGUCCUCUUUUAUUGUGUAUGGAUUGUCGAUGUGUACCGAAUUAAUUUAUGUCUAUGAUUUUUGUG